UUCUGUGCUCUGCCCACAUGAUCAUUCAGGAGAGGGUUUGUAUAUAUUUGACGGGAUCCGGCUUUUCUGUGGUCGAGAAUCAUCCAGGCGAGAUGGUCUUUAAAAAACACCAAAAGCUAGCAGACGUAAAAAGCUGCCGAAAAGCCCUGCGCCAAAGGGCCAGUUCUUGGACGAUCUAGCAGUAUGUAGCCUGCUAGCUUAAAUGCUUUCCUGCAAGCCAGUUUUGCCCCCCGCUAGCCUCUGAUCGCUGCACCCCCGCGUGCUCUUCGAGAUUCGAGAAGUGUACGUGAAGUGAACGUCCGCCCGCCUUUCUCGAGUCGGCCCGCCCUGCUGGGCUUGGUCUGGCGCGCUCUGGUUGGUUUGCCGCGUCUGGGCGCGCCGGUUGGAAUUGGAAAAAGGUGUCGGGAAGCGGCUCCGAGUCCGAAGUUCUGAACUUUUUACAUGUUGCAAUGGAGUUGGAGACCUGCAUGAUCCUUCAUGAGGAUAAUUCUGUAGAAGUGUACUAUGUGGAUGGAUCCAGACUGCUGCUUGCCCCUUGCGGGUCUGAGUUCUUGUACGAGCAGGCAGCUCCUAUUUCUGCCCACCCAUUGCAACCGCCAGAGAGGGUUCGCCAGAGGACAGAGUUUGCUAUUAGCAUCUACCGGGAACAGCUUCUGCGGGCGGUAGAUUUCCGGAACCAAUAUGCGAAUCGCCCUUAUUUACCUUCAGGUAUCAUGCCUCCUAACAGGAAAAAUGUUCUUUUUACAGAUAUCUGUGAAGCCCAGUGGCCUGGCCCCGAAACUGCUAGCGAGGUAAUAAAUAUGCAUAAUGGUAAUGUGAAAAUCACUUCUUUAGAUGGUCAUGCUUGCCUCUGCCUGCCAGAGCUCCAGCAAGAAUUUACGGUGGAGUUUUUAUGCAAAGUUAGCCAGAAGUUAUCUGCACCAUUGUCUCUUUUGGAGAACCACUACAGUGAAUCGACACAGGAUAGGUGUGGAAGAUCCAGCCAAGAUUCUACCUUAAAGCCAUCAUCUGAGCAUCUGAAAAUUAAAAAGAACAGCAGUCUUUGUGGGAAUGCAGACUCUUGUACGCAUGUGAGCAAAUCUGGAAGCAGUUCAAGUCAAACACAAAAAGAAAACGAGAUCCCUUGGUCUUUCCAGAGCUGUUCAUCUGAAUAUUCUAGAGUGACACAGCAUAUAUCUGUAUCCUCCUGCCCAGAACAGUGGAAGUACCCUUUGUCAUUGGCAUUUACAUUUUAUCGAUCCCAUAUUGGGCAUGUGGCCGAAUCUGAUGAAGGAAACAAAGGCAGUGGAAAUGCAGGAGUCGGUGAUGUUUUCAACGAACCUGAAAAAUCUAGGACAGUCACUUGCUUGCCUUUGGCUUUGCCGCUCAGCUGUCAUGCUUCAUACCUACACAGGUGGACCUUUUGUGAUCUCGUCCAACCAAGAAAAGAGGAUAUUGGCUGCUAUUCACACUCUCAACCAAUCAAAGUUGUUUGGAGCAAGGGUGUAAUAUACAGGUUCCUUACUGGAUCUAGAAGCAUAGAAAUUUACCCUGGAGAUGGAUCAGUCUUUAGAUCAGAAGGAUUGUUUUUGGGAAAAUAUUUUACUCGUUAUUCUAUUCAGGAAGGAACAAAACAGAGAGAAGAAACUAUGUACUCUGUAAGCAGUUUGCCACCUGAUACGCCUGGAAGUCUCUAUUCUGUAUCAGCAACUAUUACACAAGCUAUGAGAAUUCUCCAACACAGUCUUGAGACCAUGCUUUCAUUCACCCAUCAUGGCAGCGACUGCUGCUGGAACUUGUCCCCUAAGACAGGUGGAGGAGAAAUGCUACCAGUCCUUGUAGCUGAAAAGGUUAUUCCUAAUGUAGGGAGACUCCUUGCUUAUUCAGAUAAUAAAGUACACGCUGCUUUUUAUGAUGGAAUGAUCCUGAACAUGUUAUGGGAUUUCAGUUCUCUUUCUGGAAUCUCACAGAGACCUCAAGAUGGUAACAUAGGAUGGUGUAAGCUUAUUGCUCCUGAAGGAACACAGCAUCUUCUCCAGAUAGAUCAUCCUGGGCUUUAUGAAAGAUACAUUGAAACUGUAGUUGAAUGGUGCAGAAGCUUGAACAGGGGCAGGGAGAGAUGUACAGAUAUACCACAAUCUAUUCCUGAAGGAAACUGGUCAGUUGCUGAUGAACUUGAAAAAAUAAAACGAUUCAACUUUUUAGUGGAGAACAGCAAUAUUCCACGUAUGGUUUCUCCUGUGAAGACAAAUCCAUCCUCCAACAUAGAUAAUGAAAGGAGUCUAGAAGAAAUAUUUUUAGCUGGAGAUAUUAGUAAAAAGAACAUAGCUGAGACUUUGGAAAAAACAUCUAAAAUUAUCAAUGAUAUUGAUUCAAUUUUAGCUCUCUCUGCAAACUGAAACAGUCUGAAAAUUUUCAAAUGUUGCCCCUCAGUAACAGAAUUCUUUGGUUUGUUUUUGGAGGAGGAGAUCCAAGUCAAAGAGGUAGCUGUCUGUUCUGAGUCACUGACUCUAAGUUAUAGAUAAUCAAAGGAAUAAUUAUAACAAGCCAUAGUUUAUAUAAAGGAUAGAAGAUGAAAUUGUUUCUAUUCUUAUGUUAAGAGUCACUAAAUGUCUCUGUAUAGAAUUUAGGGCUGCAACAUGCAUGAAAAGAUUAUUUCACUCAUCUUGAAUUUUAGGGCUAUUUGAUAACAUGGUUUUCUGAUUUUAGUGGAGAAGAAAAGAGAUCCAUAAAACUGUUCUAGAACAGAAAAUGUUAAGUCGUCAAAGUCUGAAUCAGCCAUGUGCAGAAAAUUUUUAAUUCUAGAAAUUUGGAGGCCUACUGCAAAAUCAGGCUUGGGGGCUCCCAUGUACAGUCAGUCCUUGAUCGUCAGAAGUCUGUGGUAUGUAAAAGAAAAUGACAUGCUCCUGCAGAAAUAGACUUCAACACCAACAAUUAGUCACAUCUUCAGGUACCAUGCCUGACAAAAAUUUGAAUUCUUCUGCCAGUUCUGUGGCAUCCACAUCAGAGAAGGGGUUGCAUUUGUGUUUGUAAGUACACAUGCAAGCUUUUUGCAGCCAUUCAGUUUCUGCUUGCCUAAUGUUUUACAAUAUAUUCUUUCACAUUCCUGAUGUCACUGAAAUAAUUAGAACAUUCAUACAAUUGUUUGGAUCUUUCAUGCAGUGAAACUAGGGCUGCAUCCACAAUUUUCUUGAAAAAAAUUGAUCCUGAAAUGUUCCCCUGAGAUAAGUGUGGGUUCAUCCUUGCACUCAUAAGAAAACUAGCUGCUGCCAGCUUUGUUCACCAAAAUUCACUUCACUGCCCAAAUUGGUUAUUAAUUUAUCUGCUUUCACAAAGCCAUCAACUUGAUAUAUUUUUAUGAUAGCUGCUGCAAUUUUUAUAAGCACUACCAU